GGUGACCCGUCACUGGAUGUUUGGACAGCGGUUGCCAAUAGUUACCGGUGCAAACCGCCAUGUUGGAAGAUUGACAACAAAACAAUGAAGCGGUAUGGUAGAGGCAGAGGACCUGGAGGGUAAAAUGCCUAAUUUUUGCGCGGUGGUCGGCUGCUCCAAUCGCUCUGGGAAAGGUCUGAAGAAAUCGUUUUACAGAAUCCCGAGCAUCGUGAGCCACCAGGGCGAAAAGACGCGUCUGCUGAGCAUCAAGAGGAGAGCGGGCUGGCUGCAGGCGCUGCGGAGGAAGAACCUAAACCUGAAGCAGAGCAACUACCACUAUCAAUAUGAUCAAUACCGCAUCUGCUCCGAUCACUUCAUCACAGGUGCCCCUGCCACAUUAUAUGAUGUCUCCAAUCCUGACUGGAUUCCCUCGGUUAAUAUGGGCCACCAGUAUUUCACAUCCGAUGGCCAAGCAGGGUGUGGACAGCACAAGAGAAGCAAGAAACUAGAAAACAGAAACUUCAAAGAUCGAGUGCAGAUCUCCUGUGACACGCUGGCAGACACCACUGAAGGAUAUGAAAUAGCAGAUUGCUUGGAGUUUGAUCAGGAUUAUCAUUCAUUGCACAGAAAAUUACAAGUGAAGGAGGAGACAGAAGAAUUUUUGAUACAAGACAGCCACCCAGCAUUUGGUGAAAUCCGGUGUGUUACCAUUAAAGAAGAGCCCGAUGCCUCCCCCUCCUCCACCGUAUCGGACACACAGGGAGUAACUGAACUGGUCAGUACAUCUGCACCGCAUUUACCAGACCAGCUGAACGAAGAGAUGGAGAGAUCGUCCUCUUUCACACAGUGUGAAGACGCUGAAAAAUUUUUUGUGAAGCAAGAAGGAGAGGAAUUUGUGUUGGUUAAAGAGCGUGCAGUAUCAGGACUUUAUGGAUCCUUGGAGUCAUCAGACAUAGAAGAAAAUUAAAUUAAUCAAAUAUGAAAGCUCCAGUUGGUGUCGUACCUCUCGUAUUGAACUGUGCACGCUCAAGAUUCAUAGAUGGCAGACUGAGGUGACUGAGUUGACGAGAACCUAUACGGCCCCUCAGAAACAGAACCUGGAAAAUCUGCUUCUCUGAAAGAUGGUGACAUAAUCAUAACAGAGCAUCCUGAAAAUAAGAAGUGAAAAGGUCAUAAUAACAUUUCAGUGGUUUCCAGGCCUGCACAAGAAGACUCAUACACAUACAAGCCUAUGUGAAUUUUUGGAGAAGAUGGACAUUAGGACUUUUCAAAUCCUUGACAUUGUUCUUUUUCCCAAAUUGAGAAAAAACAAUUCUAUCAGUAUUCUAAUAUUCAGAAAGUGAUUGCACAUGUUGCUGAACAGACCAGACAUUAUGCCUGUCAGCUGGCUGGCUGCCUUUGCAUGGCUGUUAUUUUUUUUGUACAGUUAUUUCUUUGAAGACUGCUGGCAUUGUGAGUCACACGUUGCAGCUGUAGCAGAUGUUAUAUCUGUGAGGAGCGUCCGCUCACUCUACUGACUCCUUCGUUUCAAUUACAAUACACAAGUCUGAACAGUGAUUACUUCUACAGCAUCCGCUCUCCGCCGUGUUGGCUGUGCCUGCUUAUACCAGCCGACAACAAAGCACAGCUCUAAUCACAGUGGGCUGUGACUGUGCAAAAGCAGGAAGUCUUUCUUAUUACUUCAGUAAACUCGACAUGAUGGAAUAGAAGCCGUUUUUGUGCCGCAGUUCUUCAGGCACUGUUCAAGACCGGCUACUUCACCAGAGAGACACUGCAUUGCUUCGACAGAGGAUGCACCAAGUUUAUGCAGGAAUGAUUGAUUUUAUGGAAACAAGACUUCCACAAGUGUACUGCGGGACCACAGAACAGCUAGAAGUCACCGCUGGUUUUGUGAAACCGACUUCAUUGAUUUCAGCUCAACAGACAAAUCCCUGCAGGAGAGGCUUGGUGUGAAAUGUCUGAAUUCACUAAGCCCAUUUUUGGAUGACAGGUGCUAGGAGAAACAAGGCCUAGGAGCAUACUGUACAGAUAACAGCUCACAUGAAACUGUUGGAGUCAGUUUUGUGCAAAGACCAAGAGUAGGGUUCCACCAUCCGUCAUGUUUGACUAUAAUUAAAAAAAAAA